UAGGGUUUGUUUCUGCGAUCAUCGACACAGUGUGUGUUUGGUUGUGUAGUGUAGAAGUAGAAUGGGUGGAUCGGUGAAAGAUGUGAAGUCAAAGGUGGAGGUUGAUGAGGUGGUUCGUGGUGGUUCUCCUGUUGUUCUUCAUUUCUGGGCGUCAUGGUGUGAAGCUUCUAAGCAUAUGGACAAAGUCUUCUCUCACUUGUCCAUUGAUUUCCCUCAUACUCACUUCUUCAGGGUUGAAGCUGAAGAGCAACCCGAGAUAUCUGAGGUUUAUUCGGUCUCUGCUGUUCCUUACUUCGUCUUCAUCAAGGAUGGCAAGACCUUUGAUACAUUGGAGGGAGCUGAUCCAUCAAGUUUAGCCAAUAAGGUUGCGAAAGUAGCAGGCUCUAUUAACCCUGGAGAAGCUGCUUCUCCUGCCAGUCUUGGGAUGGCUGCAGGACCUGCUGUUCUUGAAACAGUGAAAGAACUUGCAAAAGAAAAUGAUUCUUCAAAGGAAAAAAGUCAAAUUCAACCGGGGCUUAGUGUUCCUCUGAAAAAGAGAUUGCAGCAGCUCAUUGACUCUCAUCCUGUCAUGCUUUUCAUGAAAGGAAGUCCUGAAGAGCCAAAAUGCGGAUUUAGCAGAAAAGUUGUUGAUAUUUUGAAGGAAGAAAAGGUCAAGUUUGGAAGUUUUGACAUUCUGUCAGAUUUAGAGGUUCGUGAUGGCUUGAAGAAGUUUUCUAAUUGGCCCACGUAUCCUCAGCUUUACUGCAAAGGAGAACUUCUUGGUGGGUGUGACAUAGCAAUUGCUAUGCAUGAGAGUGGGGAAUUGAAGGAGGUUUUCAAAGAUCAUGGAAUUGAUACUAUUGAUGAAGCAAAAGCAACAGAAUCAGGAAAUGCGAAGGGUGGCAUCUCUGAAUCUACCGGUUUGAGUACAACCUUAACCUCUAGGUUGGAAAGCCUGAUAAAUUCAAGCCCAGUUAUUCUGUUCAUGAAGGGAAAACCAGAUGAACCAAAGUGUGGUUUCAGUAGGAAGGUAGUUGAAAUUCUCCAGCAAGAGAAUGUUCACUUUGAGAGUUUUGAUAUUCUUACUGAUGAAGAAGUCCGUCAAGGUCUUAAGGUUUAUUCAAACUGGUCCAGUUAUCCUCAGCUAUAUAUAAAGGGGGAGCUUAUUGGCGGAUCAGACAUUGUGUUGGAGAUGCAAAAAAGUGGAGAACUUAAGAAGAUUUUACAUGAGAAAGGGAUUCUUUCGGAAGAGACUCUUCAAGAUCGUCUGAAGAAAUUGGUUGCCUCUUCCCCCGUGAUGCUCUUCAUGAAGGGCACCCCGGAUGCUCCAAGAUGUGGUUUUAGUUCCAAAGUUGUAGAUGCCCUUCGACAGGAGGGUGUGAGUUUUGGGUCCUUUGAUAUAUUAACUGAUGAGGAGGUGAGACAGGGAUUGAAGGCAUUCUCAAACUGGCCUACCUUUCCGCAACUCUACUACAAAAGUGAGCUGAUAGGUGGUUGCGACAUUGUGCUGGAGCUACGAAAUAAUGGGGAGCUGAAGUCGACUUUAUCUGAAUAGAAUUAUUACUAUUCCAUUAAAUAACAGGGUUUGUAUCUUAGAAGCCAUUUUUGGCUGUAUGUAUUGGAAUUUGGAACGAUUCUGAUAACAUUAUACAUGGCAAUUUUGAUCCUGGUGUCAGGAGGUUGUGUUUUUCGACAUUAUAAUGUUCUACAUGUUUUCUUUUUAUAUUACCUGAUUAAUG